GAGUCGUAAUAUUCAUAAACACAGCUGCAGAUAGAAACAGCGGGUUGCUUUUAGUUUUAGCCGUACUGUUCACGUAUAUAUUGUCUUUUAAAAGGUUAACUUCAUGGCUGCGACAGGACACCAGCACCCCUCAGAACGAGAAGGCCUGUCCUGCUCGGUGGCUCGCUAUGGCUCCAUGGACAGCAGUGGCGAGCAUGACCAUCACAGUAACAGUCAUGACAACAACAAUAGCAACCAUCAAUUUCCCACGACAAGUGCAGGUCAUUGGGUCGGGGCUGAGCAGGAAGAGGAGGCCCUUCGCAGGAAGCUGAAAUACUUCUUCAUGAGUCCUUGUGAUAAAUAUCACGCCAAGGGCCGCAAGCCUUUUAAGCUGGGCCUGCAGCUGCUCAAGAUCAUUAUUGUCACCGCUCAGUUAGUGCUGUUUGGCCUCAGUAACCAGGUGGUGGUGACCUUCAAAGAGGAGAACACGAUGACCUUCAAGCACCUCUUCCUCAAAGACUACGACGAGUCCUCAGACGACACCUUUGCUGUUUACACUCAGAACGAUGUCUACGACCACAUCUUCUACGCCGUGGACCAGUAUCUGGCCUUACCAGAGACCACAGUGGGACGCUAUGCAUACGUCUAUAAGGUUGGUGUGAAUGGCAGCGCGCUCUCUCUCUGCCAACAGUACUACAAGAAGGGGCGCAUCGACCCAGCCAACGAUAGCUUCAGCAUAGACCCUCACAUCAUCACAGACUGUAUAGGUGUAAACCCUCUGUCCGUUCCUCCGGCUCCGCUCAGCAGCAGCUACAAGAAUUUUACACUGAAGUUCCACAAGCUCAUUAAUGUCACCAUAGAGUUCCAGCUGAAAGCAAUCAACAUACAGACCAUCAUCAACAAUGAGAUCCCAGACUGCUACACUUUUUACAUAACGAUAGUUCUGGACAACAAGGCUCACAGUGGCAAGGUGAAGAUCCGGUUAGAAAACCAGGCAUCAAUAAAGGAGUGUAAGGACCCAAGCAUCUCUGGACACGCUGACAGCUACUCACGUGUCGCUUUUGAUGUCAUCGUGGCUCUGGUGUGCAUGGUGUCACUGCUGCUCUGUGGACGCUCCAUACUGCGAGGCAUCAUACUGCAACAGGAGUUUGUACAGUUCUUUAAGGAAAAUCUGGAACGUAAAGUUUGCUGGGCGGACCGUCUGGAGUUCAUUAAUGGCUGGUUUAUCCUCCUUAUCAUCAGUGAUAUCCUCACCAUCACUGGCAGUAUCAUCAAAAUCGGCAUUGAAUCCAAGACUAUGUCCUCCUAUGACCUCUGUGGCAUCCUGUUAGGGACGUCCACACUCCUGGUGUGGGUGGGAGUCAUUCGCUACCUCACUUUCUUCCAGAAAUACAAUAUCCUGAUCGUCACACUUCGAGCAGCGUUCCCCAAUGUGAUUCGGUUCUGCCUCUGUGUGGCCGUCAUCUAUCUGGGCUACUGCUUCUGUGGCUGGAUCGUCCUGGGACCAUACCAUGUCAAGUUCCGUUCUCUGUCCAUGGUGUCAGAGUGUCUGUUCUCCCUCAUCAACGGGGACGACAUGUUCGUAACGUUCGCAGAGAUGCAGGAGAGCAGUACUCUGGUGUGGCUGUUCAGCCAAGUUUACCUGUACACCUUCAUCUCACUCUUCAUCUACAUGGUGCUGUCACUGUUUAUUGCUCUCAUCACAGGAGCCUAUGAGACCAUUAAGCACCAAACCCAAGAACCCAUUCACAUCACAGACCUACACGCCUUCAUAGCAGAGUGUACAGACGCACCGAGCUCGGGGAAGUUCAGAGGUCUGGAGACCUCUCCAUGCUCCUUCUUCUGCUGCUGUGACAGAACGACAACAUACGAGGACGUCCUGCUGGUGAACUGAAGUUGACGCCAGUGACCUCACUAGCCUCCCCUGCUGACCACAGAGAUGCACUGCACACUCCUGACGCUCAGUGUCUCUAUACAAACACACUGUAGGUCAAACUUGGGUCAAACCUCAGCACUCAGGACUGAGGACUGGGGGACUGGACUUGUCCACUGUAUGAAGAGGAGGACUCCUCUGCAUCGUGGAUGACCAAUGCAAAGACAUUUCUCUGUACCUUGUUGAUAUUUAAUACAAAUCAGUAUUUUUUCCUUUUGUAUUUAAUAGUGCACAAUGCUGAACACGUUUUCUAGAUACAAGUGCCAUGAUGAGAACUGCACAGGUACAUACAUGGUGCUGACUGUUUUUAUUUUUGUGUUUUGUUUUGUGUUUUGUUUUUGUUUUUGGACUUUUACAGUGUUUCAAAAUCAGUUACCUCUUGAGGACAAAGCUCUUAAAAUGAGGCAUUUAUACAUCUCACAAAACAUAUCCAGCAACUUCUACUUUUUAUUUACACCCACCUCCUUAUUUUGAAACAACAUCUUGUACGACUAAUAAUGUCCAAAAACGACUUGACAAAGGACACUUGAAUCAUACGUUCUUAAAAUUUAUACAGAAUAAGAGGAAGAAAGAGAAAUCCACCAUCUACCAGUCUGUCUUUUUUUAGACAAUCAGGGAGAUGAUAUUGGAAAACAGGGCCACAACCAGAUAUACAGAAUGAGGUCUCAGGUGUGGAAUUGACUUGAUUUGUUUGCUCUCCUGCGAGCUGCACCAACGGCAUAAAGUUUCAAACGGCUUCUUUAGCUGCGGUUCUACUGCACAAGCAUCACAUUGCCUUCAAAUGUGGUUCUGUGCUUUUGUUGCUGCACUCGGUUUGCUGUAGUAGAUUGUGUUGCAUUUUACUGAGUAAUGAUCAAUAAAAUGGGAUGCACUCACUCACUAAUGAGGCACUCAGCGUUGCCUGUGGUCAGAUACAACAAGAGAAGCUGUUCUCCAGAGCCAUAUGCAUGUUUCUUUAAUGAUACCAAAGUUCAGAAGUUAGAAAAUUUUCCCCCCUUUCUCCAUUUCUGCACAGCACCGAUGGCCAUCGACAAAUUGUAUCUGACUUUUUAAACAAAAAAAAAAACUUGAAUUGCCUUACAAAAUGGAGCAGGAUUUAGAGUAGAUGUAUCUAUGCUAUUUGUUGUCCACAUAAUUAUGUCUAAAACGGUAUUCCAGAGACUGGAUCGUUAGUGGACACUUGAAUAACCUUAUUUUUCUAUGUCUUUUUACCGCAUUAAAACGCACAAUAGCUAAGUUUAGUUCAGUCUGGACUCCAGAACGUGAUUUUUGGAAAAUAGUUUCUCUUCUUGCACAGAGAUGAUCUCCGGUCCAAGCAGUAAUGCAUUAAUUGAGGAUAAGAUUGCUGAUUUUUUCAGUCAUCUCCUAUAAGCAGUGUCACAUUUAAGCUAAUUAUUCUUAGGGACUUUGGAUCUAGAUGCAAAUAUGUGCCAAAUGUACUUGUGGCCUUAACUUUAAAUGGUAUUAACAUGUAACAAAAAAUAUGUAGUUAACAAAAAAGUGUUUCAUAUUUUAGAUUCUUCGAAGUAGUAACACUUUUUUGGUAACUACAUAAUUCCAUAUGUGUUCCUUCAUAGUUUUCAUGUCUUCAGUAUGAAUCUACAGUGUAGAAAGUAAUAAAAACCACCAAAUGAGAAGGUGUGUCCAAACUUUUGACUGGUACUGUAUGUGUUAUCUGGUAUUACCUAGAUGUACCUUUCCUACAUUUUGAAGAUGUCAUGUUUUUUUAUACAAAUAAUCUGCAUUUGUUCUUGCAAACAUUAAGUCUUCUUUUUGAUGUCACAUAUGUUGCCAGUCUGCUGAUUAAAUUUUAAAACUGGU